CUCGAUUCAUAAAUCUUAGUAUGAUGAUCUACUGUGACAUAGGCCUACACGUAAUGAAAAUGAAAGUGGUUGAAAAUAGCGUCAUGUAUCUAGUCCAGCUGAUCACUGUCACACAAAGUAAAGAAAUGUUUUCGGACUUGUAAACAGCAAAGUGUUAUGGAAUUCAAGGAGAUCAAUGUGUUAUAAAUUACGGUUUAAAGCCGAAAACGAAAGUAGACUGACAUUUUAUAGCCACAAAUUGGUUUUCCCCAUUUGUUUAACCUAAAAAUAGAAAUGGAUUUUCAAAGUUGUUACUUAAUUUAGAUUAUACGUAAAACGAACGGAGAUAACAUAAUGUGCAUUUAGGCUACAUCUCAAUUAACUUUAAGAUAACGUGUAUGAAGAUUAGCUAGAAGACUUCAUAUAAUGUCGGAUUUAGAACAAUAAAACAAGCCUGCUGAACACAAAGAAGUAUUGCAUUUAAAAAGAGAAAUGUAUUUCUGGCUGUCGUACCUAAAGAUAAUGACAGAGUAAGAUGACCCCUCGCGCAAUUUAAACUUAAACUGAAUUAAAAUUGCCAAGUUUAAAGAUGUGUAAAACAGGAAUAAAUGAAGUAAACUGAUGUGACAUGUGCAACCGCACGUGGACUUAACGUUUUGGAUUACGAUGGUUGUAUAAUUUUCUGUAAAAAUCAUGGCCACUCCAUUGUAUGAUCCUAAACUAUCAGGAGCCAAAUUCAAGAAUUGGAUUAAGGCUGGAUUAGGUGUGUUAUUUACCAAAGAAGGUAUUGAGCCUUUUGUUUAUGAUGAAAUAAAACAGUUUCAACAGAAAUGUUUGAGCGACAUUUGCAACAAAAAUGGACUACCUGCUGGUACCACCUGUUCUAGUUGUUGCACAGAAAAUGUUGUUGUUUGCCCCACGAAUAGGAUUUGUAAUGCAAGACGUGGAAUAUGUAACUUCCAUAGAAAUUCCGCUACGCAAUAUCUCCCGUCUGGCUGCCCUAACAAGAUAUGUCAUAAUUUUAAAAACGAGAUCAAGCAUGCACAUCGAUAUUAUGGUCCGUCCUAUAAAAACACUGAUGCUACCCAAUGGUGUAGCAACCCAUGGGAGGUUGCUAAAUGUUUUAUGCCACCAGACGGAUACAAGGAUGCGACGAAAUCUGAAGAGACGGACUUCAAUGGGACCAUCAGUGUUAUCCUGAACUAUGGAGCAUUUCAGUCGAAAAUUUACGACGACCUUUCCAACAAGAACAAUAUCUUUGAACAGGGUAGAGAGGUAGGCAAAGCAGUUCGACAUUGCCCACAGUUAGAGAUGGAAGAUACAGAUCUGCAACACUGUUUUAGUGUCUUACAGAAUUUGCUGUCAGAUCCUGCAUAUCUGUCUGCUAAUACCGAUGCACAUAAUGCUAAAACGAAAUUAUUACAGCUUCAAAAUGAUACCUUAGUCAUUUGUAAAGACGAUGUCCGGAAAGUGCUUGAUGAUAUUGGUAAAGCAGUUCAAGAUGAAAUAAGAACUGCAAAAGAAGAUUACAUAAAGAAUGCUAAAAGGAAAACAUUACAAAUUAUUAAACUCACAAAAACAUAUGUCAGCGCAAUUGACAGACAUGGAAAAGCGUCGUUGUCUCAAUUAGAUACAGCAUAUAAAUCUGCAAUGGAUGAAAUAGAAAAGCAAGCAAAGGAAUUGAUUCAAGACAUACAAGCUGAAGGAGAAAAACAAAAAGAAUAUAUUUCUUCAGAAGGACAUACUGUUCAGAGAAAUUUAGAAGAUGCGACUGAUAAAGAAGUAAAAAGGUUGACUAGAGAGAUCACGGCUGGAAUUAACACGAUUGAAGCGGAAGCCACUACUCAGGUGAAAACAAUUGUAUCAGAAGGAGAAAAACAAAAAGAAUAUAUAGCGACAGAAGGACAUGCUGUGAAGAGACAGUUAGUAGAUGUGGCUGAUCAAGAAGUAAAAAGGUUGAAAACAGAGGCCACUGCUGAAAUUAAUACGAUGAAAACGGAAGCCAAUACUCAGGUGAAAACAAUAGCAUCAGAAGGAGAAAAACAAAAAGAAGAUAUAGUUGCAGAAGGACAUACUGUAAAGAGACAGUUAGUAGAUGUGACUGAUCAAGAAGUAAAAAGGUUGAAAACAGAGGCCACUGCUGGAAUUAAUACGAUGAAAACGGAAGCCAAUACUCGGGUGAAAACAAUUGCAUCAGAAGCUGGUAAAUCUAUAAAACAAAUAGCGGGAGCCAGAGACGAAGGGGUGAAAGGAAUGAGAACAGAGGCACUUACUCGAAUGGAACACCUAAAAGAAUAUGCUGAGGAAGGGGUUAACAAGUUAGAAGUUGAAGCCAAAGCUGGAGUAACAAAGAUUAAUUUAGAAACUGAUGAAGCAUUAAAGCAGAUUGAGAAAUCAAAAGCAGAAAGCAAAGAAGAUACAUACAACAAAUUAAAAAAGGAACUGAAGGACGAUUUGAUAGAUCUCUACAGGGAAAGGCACCAUACCCUACCGAUGUCACCUUUAAUGGAAGAAAAUGACACGCCUCUCCUUAAGUUUUACGUCAUGCCAGACAUAGAGUCAGUGGAAAUUCAGAGGGCGCGUGGAGGUGGCAAAGAAAUUAGAUCAAAGGUUACGUCCUUGCACGAUGUUUUCUACAAGGAAAAAGAACCAUGUCGCAAAAUUUACCUUGCUGCGGAUGCUGGGUUUGGGAAAACAGCAUUAAGUAAACGGCUCGUUUUAACGUGGUGUCAAGCAAAAAACUGUAUCCCAAACGAAGAUGAACAUUUUAAGAAGAAAGACAUAAGUACAAUGUCGAAUUUUGACUUUGUGUUUUUGUUGUCUUUACGUGAUUGUUCCGAAGAAUGGGACAUUGAUGAGAUGAUCAAAAAACAAAUAACUAAUGAUCUAGCACACAUUAUUUCAAAUAGUGAUUUUGAAAACAUUCUUUCUAAGGAAAGGUGCCUGAUAAUAUUGGAUGGAUUGGACGAAUUCACACACGCAAAAAGUGACAUUCCACACAGGAAAGCUAGGAGGAAAUGUACAAUUCUCACAACAACUAGACCGUGGAAGUUGGGCGUUAGUAAGAUACGUGCAAGUGAAAUAGAACGAAAGUUGGAACUUAUUGGACUUAGUAAAACGUCUGCUAAAAGUUUAAAAAGGACUGUGAUCUCACUGUUAUGUGGCAAAACUGAUAUAGAAAAACAUAUUCAAGAGUUUGAUCGCGCUAUCAGUGAUAGGGGUAUUUCGGAUUUGGAAACUAUUCCGCUCUUACUGAUGUAUCUUUUGUGUUUAUGGUGUGAUGGAAUAGAGCUAGGAGCAUCUAGAACUGAGUUAUAUUGUCAGACUAUUGAACUGCUUCUUAAACGAACGUUUGAAAAAUAUCCCGACAUGCAACAGUCGCGCGAACAGUCCCAGAGUGAUAUCCCACAGUGUUUCAGUGAACAUGAACAUUGUAAGGAACACUACACAUUUCUGCAAGCUUUAGGACAAUUAGCAUAUGAAACGUUAUUCAAUGAAGACAAAGAAAGCACCCUUGUGUUUAGCCAGUCAGUGACAGAGAAACAUCUAACCUCAGAGUAUUUGAAAUUAAGUCUUGACUCAGGAAUAUUAACACAAAGUACAGAAAAGACACUUACAAAGCAAAUUUCGAAAUUUUCAUUUUCGCACAAAACCAUCCACGAAUUUUUUUGUGCAUUGUACAUUAGCUGUCAAAAUGAAAAUGAUGUCAAAAACAUUGUUCUGAACAAAUGCAAAAGUUUGCAAAGUAUUCUUGACAUGUCGACAGUGCUUGUUUUCAUCAGCGGAAUGGUGAAUACAGAAAUCAUUUCUUCAAUAUCACAGGAAUUUCUUUCUGUUAUCAGUGAAGAUAAGAUAACGAGCGAAUACAGAUCCACGACUGACCGGUACUGUAAACCUCUGAAAGACAUACAAGACAUGUACAUUUCUUGUAUGAAAGAAAACACGAGCGAUAAGGAACUCAAACUUUUCUGUCAAGAUUUUUUCUUUAGUGAAGAUUGUAAAGAAGAAAAAUACUUUUCAUAUUUAGCACGUCUCGCGGGUCACAAUAAAAACAACAUGGCGUCAAUAAAUAUCGGCACAGACGACAGUGGUCGUAGUUUACGUGAAAUUAUUGAUUGUUGUGAAUUGCACGAACUGUUCCAGAUCAAUAAAAUAGUCUACUGCGGUGAAGAAGAAACCGCACAGCUUCCUGUACUGCUGGACAAGUCGCCGAAAUGUGUCACUGUUAUAUUGCCUGAUCUACGUGGUUCUUGGAGCCGUGAAAUGUUGGAAACAUUACAGAAUAAUUCUCUGUUACAAGCAAUUCAUAUCGACGAUUUCAAGAUGAGCCACGAUGUACUGAAUGACUUUCUGAAUUAUAUUAUAAACAGAAAAACAAUGACGGAGAUUAGAUUGUGGAGCUUAGACUGUACCGAGCACGAGUGGCCGCGUUCGUGUACUUUCAGUUUAGAUUUUAGUCAGCAUUCAGAUCUAAGGAAGUUAGUAUUGGUCGCGAUACCUGAAGUGUCACAAUUGAAAGUUAAUAGUCAAGUGAAACACGUGGAGUUGGUGGGUAUCAAUCUAGGUGAAAUGUCGCUGCCUCCUGAAAUGGCGAAUAUUGAAAGUGUUGUUUUGUUUAGUGUAAACAUGUCUGCUUCAGCAUUGCGUGAUCUCGUUAAGGUAGUGGAGAAACUUUCACACAAAGUCACAGUAACAAUAUGGGAGUGUGAGAUAGAACCGGAAACAGAGUUUGUACACGUUAUACAAUAUAUACACUCAUCUCAGAAUUUCCGAGUUAUACCGGAUCAACCGGCGGAUGAUGAAGACUGGAUGUUUGUGUUUGAAACAAAAGUUGAAAGUUAACUUACUAAAUAAACUCAGACCGAUAGUGUAAACAUUUUGUAAACAUAAACAUUCCAUUUAAAAUAUAUUACACACAGUUAGACAUAUGACAUAUGACAUAUAUUUGUGUAUAUAAAUACACGCGUGUUAAAAUAGUGACAACAAAAUUUUUGGAAAUGGAGGAAAAAAAUGGAUGUUCCUAUAUACAAGGAUUAAUACACAGGUCCACCUUCAUAGAUGAAGAAGCUUUUUUCUCUCCACAUUUAUUGAAGAUUGUCGCAAAUACCUUUGAGCACAACUUAAGGACAGAACUACCUUCCGUUGAUAACCUUUGAACUUAAGGACAGAACUACCUUCCGUUGAUGACGAUUGAGCACAACUUAAGGACAGAACUACCUACCGUUGAUAACCUUUGAGCACAACUUAUUGACAGAACUACCUUACGUUGAUAACCUGAUAUGAGUAUAGCUCUUUAUCGUUAACGAAAAGACUCGAACAUGUUCGUAUAUUUCCGCCAAUUCUUACGGAAUUUUAGUUCCCUGGCGGUAAAGACUGAACCUUUUUUCACAAUCGAGAUUAUCAAACAAAUUAUUGUAAUAGCAAGCUUCUGUCUGAUCCUCAAAUAGUAAAAAAUAUUUUUGCAAAGUGAUAUACCGUUGUUGCAGUAAUGUAUUUGUUGAAAAUACCUUUAUAGGUACAUUCAGAUUAAUCUACCAAAUAAUAUCUAUUUCCGAUAGUUUGACCAAUUUAUGGUCGCAAUCAUCUUUGCAAGCACUGUAAAUUAAACUUUAUUCUAAUAUGGCUAACAAUGCUUUAAUCAUCACAACGAUGUUAUGUUGACGGCACGUCAACGUGAUAUUUAGCGCCAUGUACGCAUCAAGAAAUAGCGCUCUCAAGUUUUAUGAAAUAUUUUACUUAAUAACAUGUUUUUAUCGAAAUGUCACAUUGCACAACUGUUUUGAUUAAUUUAUACACAUACUGAAUUAGUUAUCCGCUUUAAUUCGCAAUAAUUUUCGUUCGAACUCAAUUCUGCCGCAAGACGUAUUACCUUUUCCGGUCCUGCUGUGUUUUAACAAAUACCUACUAUUGGCGCCAUGCUUGCGCGAAGAAACAGUUCCAUCAUAUUUGAUAUAAAUUUUACAGUAAAGAACAUAUUAGAAUCGAAAUAAUUUAUAGCAAAUCAGUGCUGCGCCUCGUGAAAUUAUUACGCCCGACGUAUAACCGCCCAUCGUGUAUAAAUAGUGAUAAAGCACUGUUUUGCUAUAAAUUAUUUUUUAAUUAUAUUUGUUUAGUUCAUAUGAUCAAAAUAUUAAUAUAACUGUUUACCACCGGCCGCAAAUAACGGAGUUGACCGAAACUUGCCGAACAGUCUUGACAGCCGAUUUAUCUGGCCAAACUUAUCGGCUUUUGUGGUGAUUUUCACGAUGAGUCUUAUUGUCCCAUAGCUCCAAGGUCAAAGUCACAUUAAACUGUUAACAAGGUCUUUUUUGUGUCCGGUUCACAACUCCAUUCAUCAAGGGAUUUCGACCUUGCUUGGCACAAAUAAUUCACAAAAUGCGACGACGUGUCAUGCGCAAAACCUAGAUCCCUUCGGCUAAAAGUUAGAAAGAUUGGUUUGGUGUCCGGUCGAUAACUCUGUUAUUUAGCAUGUUCUGAAUACUCCACACAAAUGUUCCAGAUAAUGAGACGACAGGUUAUACGCAGACCCCUAUCUCAAAGGACUAGGUCACAUUUAGAGUUCACACAGGUUUAGAUCAUCAGUUUCAAGAUUCCUAGCUCCAAAGUUAAGGUCUAUUUGGUUUCCGGUCCAUUCAUCAAGGGAUUUUAAAAUUACUUGACUUCAUUGCUGCUCAUUAUGCAACAGCAUGUCACGUGCAAAGCCAAUUCCUGAUAUCAAAGGUCAAGGUCAUAGUGAAGAGUCAAAUAUAAAUUCUAAAAGGUUACUUUUUUGACUGGGCCAGUAGGUCAAAGUUCGAGGUUACAAAUCAAGUUCAUAUUACUCUCCCCGUAUCUCAAACGCACAUUAUCCCCUUUAUUCUAACCCCCAAAAUCGCUUAUUUUUUGCCUUAAUAUUCUACAACCUCUGCCACACAAAACACUACAGCCCCGCCCCUUCCCCGCCACAGUUUAUUCCGCCUCCGACACACACUAAAAAUUCUUUAACGUUUUUUCUUCCUCUUCUAAUCUAGAAAUCAUACAGAUUGUAAUAUAAAAACGAUUUUAAUCUAAGAAAUAACUGGACACAAACCAAACUUUUUCAAUAGCCUAUCCUUAGAACAUGUUUUACUGUCAAGGAAGCUUUCAAUGAAAGACACUUAAGUUACUGUACAUAGAAAAUGUUAAUUACAUUUUUAUUUUAUUAUUGUAUUUAGAUAAAUCAUUGUAUGCUCGAUAAUUGCAUGUCACACGCUUAAUUGAAAAUGGCUCCUAAAUUGUUAAAGUGUGAAUCCAUUGUAAAUGUAGAUAGUGAUGAAGAUGAUGAUGUUGAUGACGAUGAUGAUGAUGGCGAAAUAUACAUUAGAUAUAGGUUUAAUUCUGAUGGAAUGCACUUUUUAGCUCACCUGAGCAAUGGCCAGGUGAGUUAUUGUGAUCGCUCGAUAUCCGGCGCCUGUCUAUUGUCUGUCAACAUUUAGAUUGUGUAUGCGAUAGAGGCAGUAUUUUUCAACUGAUCUUCAUGAAAUUUUGUCAGAAUGAUACGCUUGAUACAAUUAAGGUUAACUUCGAAAAUCUGAGGUAAAAAACUAGGUCAGUAGGUCAAAUCAAAGAAAAACCUUGUGUAUCUCAUAGAGACUGUAAAAUCAUUCCCCCCUCUUCGAAGAUGGAGGGGUAUAUUGUUUUGCAGAUGUCGGUCGCAAUGUAGACAAAUCCGUUUCCGGAUGAUAACUCAAGAACGCUUGGGCCUAGGAUCAUGAAUGUUGAUAGGGAGGUUGGUCAUCACCAGCAGAUGACCCCUAUUGAUUUUGAGGUCUGUAUGUCAAAGGUCAAGGUCACAGUGACCCUGAAUAGUAAAACGGUUUCCGGGUGAUAAAUCAAGAACACUUGGGCCUAGGAUCAUGAAAGUUGAUAGGGAGGUUGGUAAUAUCCAGCAGAUGACCCCUUAAGCUUAAGGGGAGCGAUGGUCUAGUGGAUAAGGUGUCGGCCGCUCAAUCCCAGGGUCGUGGGUUCGAGCCCCACUGGGGUCAGGACCAUGACUUCUCAUAUGACACCAGUACUGGUUUUCCAGGAAGCGGACUCGAGAGUAUUCCAAUAAGCUUGAAGCUUUCAUCACAAAUAAAACUAAUUAGUAUAAACUAAACUAAGAUGACCCCUGUUGAUUUUGAGGUCAGUAUGUUAAAGGUAAAACGGUUCCCGGAUGAUAACUCGAGAACGCUUAGGCCUAGGGUCAUGAAAGUGGAUA